GAGCGGAGCGAGGCUGCUCGAGGGAGUAUGCGGGGGUAACGCCUGCCCGCAGCCCGUCGCACCGCCCCCUGCCCGGCCCCGGCUCUCGCUGCGGAGCUGGCUUCGGGCGGCCCCAAGAUGUUCAGCUGGCUGGGCACCGACGACCGCCGCAGGAAGGACCCCGAGGUGUUCCAGACGGUCAGCGAGGGCCUGAAGAAGCUCUACAAAACCAAGCUGCUGCCCCUGGAGGAGCACUACAAGUUCCACGAGUUCCACUCGCCGGCCCUGGAGGAUGCCGACUUCGACAACAAGCCCAUGGUGCUGCUGGUGGGGCAGUACUCCACGGGGAAGACCACCUUCAUCAGGUACCUGCUGGAGCAGGAUUUCCCAGGAAUGAGGAUUGGACCAGAGCCUACAACUGACUCCUUUAUAGCAGUUAUGCAAGGAGAUGUGGAAGGAAUUGUUCCUGGAAAUGCACUGGUGGUGGAUCCCAAAAAGCCAUUCAGGAAACUCAAUGCCUUUGGCAAUGCCUUUUUGAACAGGUUUGUAUGUGCCCAGCUACCUAACCCUGUGUUAGAGAGCAUCAGUGUCAUUGAUACACCAGGAAUCCUUUCUGGAGAAAAGCAGAGAAUUAGCAGAGGUUACGACUUUGCUGCUGUCCUGGAGUGGUUUGCGGAGCGGGUUGACCGCAUCAUUCUUCUUUUUGAUGCGCACAAGCUGGACAUCUCAGAUGAAUUCUCUGAGGUCAUCAAGGCCCUGAAGAACCAUGAGGACAAGAUGAGAGUUGUUCUCAACAAAGCUGACCAAAUAGAGACCCAGCAGUUGAUGAGGGUGUAUGGUGCCCUUAUGUGGUCCCUGGGAAAGAUUGUCAACACUCCUGAGGUCAUCAGGGUCUACAUUGGCUCCUUCUGGUCCCAUCCGUUGCUCAUCCCUGACAACCGAAAGUUGUUUGAAGCAGAGGAGCAGGACCUGUUCAGGGAUAUCCAGAGCCUUCCCCGCAAUGCAGCCCUAAGGAAGCUGAAUGACCUCAUCAAGCGGGCACGGCUGGCCAAGGUCCAUGCCUACAUCAUCAGCUCUCUAAAGAAGGAAAUGCCCUCCGUGUUCGGGAAAGACAAUAAAAAGAAAGAGCUUGUUAACAACUUGGGAGAGAUUUAUGCCCGCAUUGAACGCGAACAUCAGAUCUCACCCGGAGACUUCCCUAAUCUGAGAAAGAUGCAGGAUCAGUUGCAGGCCCAAGAUUUUAGCAAGUUCCAGCCUCUGAAGAGCAAGCUGCUGGAGACUGUGGAGGACAUGCUGGCUAACGACAUCGCCCAGCUCAUGGUGCUUGUACGCCAGGAGGAGUCACAGCGACCUACCCAGAUGGUGAAGGGAGGAGCCUUCGAGGGCACGCUACAUGGUCCAUUUGGCCAUGGCUACGGCGAAGGCGCUGGCGAAGGGAUUGAUGAUGCUGAGUGGGUAGUGGCCAGGGACAAGCCCAUGUAUGAUGAGAUCUUCUAUACGCUCUCACCUGUUGAUGGUAAAAUAACUGGUGCCAAUGCCAAGAAGGAGAUGGUAAGGUCUAAGCUGCCCAACACAGUGCUGGGAAAGAUAUGGAAACUGGCUGACAUUGACAAAGAUGGCAUGCUGGAUGAUGAGGAGUUUGCCUUGGCAAAUCAUCUCAUUAAAGUCAAGUUGGAGGGUCAUGAGCUGCCAAAUGAGCUACCUUCCCAUCUCCUCCCUCCAUCCAAAAGGAAAAUAACAGAAUGAAAGGAAGGUUGCAAGGGAGAGGGAAAAGGAGGGGAGAAAGAUCUAGAAAAACAUGUUUACUUAAAUUAUACCUUUAGAUGUGAGGUCACCUUUCAAUUUAUACCUAUUUUGCUGUAUGAAGAAAAAAACUAAAGCAGAACAAAAAAGUCCAAUCAUUCUUCAUGAUGAUAUGCAAUUCACUCUUCCAGUGUAAUGUCCCCGCUUUCUAAUGUGUAGUCUGUAAACAUGAAGGUGAAGAAAGGACACUGAGACUUGGAUAACCUGGUAAGCAGGAUAGAAGGAAAACCUCAAGUGGGCUGUAUCUUUUGAGAGUGGAAUUGGCACUAAUAGAAAUCUGCUAACCACCAGUGUCACUUCUAAGCUUUGACUGCACAUUGUGCUGUUUAUUGGUCUUGCAAACUUGAGACAGAUCCUUGAUAGCAAAGAAGAAACCACAAAAAGGUCUCCAAGCUGUUGGCCAAACUAAAGAGUACCUCCUAAUUAGUAAGAAAUUCCAAAUUCUGAAUCCCUGGGUUAAGAAUUUUAGGAAUCCGGUUCACUGUCAGAUACAAGUUCUACAAGCGUUUCCCUGUCCUUAAAAAAAUAAAGCAAUCUGAAAUGGCUCUCAAUUGGACAUCUUGAGUUCUUCAUUAUUUACUAUGGGACACGCACUAGGAAUUCCAAGCACCUGUACCUCUCAUCCAUUCCCUGGUGGUGGUUUAUUUUCAAAGUAUGGCCGAGAGAACAACCACCCUGAGUGAAACAGAAGGAGAAUGUACUAGAGUCAGACAUCAGGUGGGCUAGAAGGGGAGAAACCCAGGACUCUACCCCCAGGUUCACUGAUUGUUUCACAAGUGGAUAGUGUCUUCUCCUUCAAAAGCCUUUGAACAACGGUGGUGUUCAUCAUUCCUGUGAAGUGAUGUUUACUCAUUGAGUGCAGUGAAAGCUCCUAGGUCCCAUUCUUAUUGUAAAGACAAGAACACAGAACACGACACUGUCGGGUAGAUGGUCCAUCAUGAGAGCAGAGAACACAGUGGGCAGAGCAUGCUUCACUACCUGUGCCCUCACAAAUGUAACCUAAAUGUCAACAGCCUUCAUAUACCGUCCUCUUCACCACACAGUAACACUUUAUCCCCUUCAGAACCUCUACCCUGAGCCAAGAGACCUUCCCCGUCUCUUUAAUGCGCUAUAAAAUUUCUCCUUUCAAGACCCCAUUUUGGCAGAAAUACCUAGAUUUCCUAUUUUGUUUCACACGCCCAUGCACAGACACUUCUGGUUUUUGUUGUUGCUUUAAAGCAGCAUUUUGUUCCAAUUCCUGUUGUCACUUUAUAUAAGCUGAGCUCCUACUGUGAUGGAAAAAACAAUACAAGUAUAACUUAUUUUAUAUCUGUGUUCAUAUUAUAUAGAGAAAUAUAUUGUGUAUGUAGGAUGUGCUUACUGCAUUACAUUUAUCACUUGUCUUAAAAAUUAAUACAUUAACCAUUUUUGUACCCUAAUCCUAAAACAUUAUUAAAAAGAAAGGCCAGAUCUGUCUAUUUCUUUACAUAACAAGAUUAAAUACAGCUGAAAAGACAAAA